AUGGCGAAUAGAACCGUCAGAGAUGCCAAGACAAUCAAAGGUACCAACCCUCAGUACUUGGUUGAGAAAAUUAUCCGGCACAGAAUAUACGACAGCAAGUAUUGGAAAGAGUUCUGUUUUGCUCUGACCUCCGAGUUGAUCGUCGAUAGAGGAAUGGAGCUGAGAUACAUUGGGGGAAUUUACGCGGGUAACAUCAAACCAACACCAUUCUUAUGCUUAUGUCUGAAAAUGCUACAAAUUCAGCCAGAUAAGGAAAUUAUAAUAGAGUUCAUCCGGCAAGAAGAAUUUAAGUAUAUACGAGCGUUAGGAGCGAUGUACCUACGGCUGACGUUCAAUAACGUUGAAAUAUAUAAAUAUCUAGAGCCGUUGUUCAACGAUUAUCGGAAGUUACGAUAUAUGAGCCGAGAAGGAAGGUUUGAAGUUCUACAUAUGGACGAAUUGGUGGACCAUCUUUUACGCGACGAACGCUACUGCGAUAUACAGUUACCUCGUUUACAGAAACGAAAUGCUCUUGAAGAAACCGGUGAGUUAAAAGUAUACAAAAGUUUAUUGGAAGAUGAUCUCGACGCUCUAAGCGAAUCAGAAAGUGAAGAUGAGUCUGCGAAUAAAAAGAAGGAGAAACCCAAACUGGUUUCGAGGGCCCUCAGUCCUAGUAGAGAACGCGAUAGGUCGAUAGAGAGAGAAAGGAAUCGACAGAAAGAUAGAGAAGCUAAAUCACGUGGAGAAGGAAGAGACAGAUCGCGUGAACGUGAUAGAGAUCGCGAUCGUCACGGACAUGGUGAUCGAGAUAGAGACCGGGAUCGCGAACGCGACAGAGAACGUGACAGGGAUCGUGAAAGAGAUCGUGAUCGUGACCGUGAUCGCGAUCGUGAUCGCGAUCGUGAUCGUAACAAGCGGGAUGGCAAAGAUAGGAAAGAACGUAAUGAUCGUGAUAGCGAAAGAACACGAAAAGAUAAAGAUGAUGGUAAAUCUAAAGAUGAUUCUCGCAACGAUAGGAGAGGCAAGAAGGAUGAUGGGUUGUCCGUUGACGAAACUAAUAAAUUAAGAGCUCAACUUGGAUUAGCUCCUUUGAAUUAA